CUCAAAAGCACGCAGGUCGUCCUCGGCCCAACCGUCAGCAUCCACCGAGACCCUUGGGGCGGACGGAACUUUGAGUGCUUCAGCGAAAACCCGUUGCUGUUGGGCCAGCUCGCCGCCGUCAUCGGCAACGGCAUCCAGAAGCACGGGGUGGGGGCCUGCCCCAAGCACUUUGUAUCCAGUGAU